CAGGGUAAACCACACAAAAAAAAAAGGCCGAACCAAAACGCUAAUAAAGCUUGACUUCAUGAGGGCGUUUGGCAAAGUCCGCUCCUGGAAUUUGGCCAUGUCCUCUCAUUGUUUUUAAUUUCAAACUGCCCAUCUCUCUCUCUGGCCUUAGAUGAGAUCAGAUCUUAUCUCACGGGGGAUUAGGUAAAGGGUGACUUCUUUACCAAUUUGAUCUGGUGAACUGCAACUCCCCAACCUUUUGACGGAAGAAAGACAUUCUAUAAGCCCUCUACCAUCGACUCCGUCUCAGUUCCCCUCAAUCGCCAAAUUCUAAGGGAAAGGAGUCUGCUUUCAUUCUUCCAGGUACUGUUGCAAGGUUCUUUCGGUAAAAGUGGGUCAGAUUGCUUCAAGGUUGAUAGAUUCCGAUAUUGUGAGGAACAGACUUGUUGUUCCGAGAAGAUAAAUACCAUGUUGAGACAGGUCUCCAGUCGGAACCAGAGAGCCAAAGGGUUCAGGGUGAAACAGGUGCUUCAGAUAUCUUUGUUUCUUGCUGUCUCUGUCUGGUUGCUUUACCAAAUUAAGCACUCUCAUGACAACAAGAAGGCGUAUGAGGAGGGGAUCUCGAAGUUUGGUGAGAGCCAGGCCGACAUUUUCAGAUUUAGCAGGAAGGACGUUCCUCGCACGGUGGAGACGGAUUCUGUAAGUGAGGCCAGAAUUGAGGAAGAAGAGAAGGAAGAAGCUGGGGAUGCAGAACAAGAAAACAAGCGCGAAGGCUCCGAGGACGAAGGAGGAGGUGCGAAUGAUGGGAUAGAUGAACAAGAUCAAAAGAGAUUGGAUGAGCAAUCUGGCAAUGGAGAAGAAGUUGAUGGAGAUAAGAAUGGUCAGGUCAAAGAAUCUGGCUUGUUGGAAGAACAAGAACAUGAAGAGAUAUCUCAGGAGGCUCGAGAAAAAAGUUUCAAAGGCGAUGAUGCAUCCAGUGCUGUAGUUCACGACACCCAAGUGGCAGAACAUGGAGAAAGAUCUCAUGAGGCACAGGAAAUGCAUUUUAAAGGUGAUGAUGCGUCCAGUGCUGUAGCUCAUGAUACACAAGUGACAGAACAUGAAGAUGGAUCUCAUGAGGAGAGUGAAAAAAGUAUUAAUGGUGAUGAUGCGUCUAGUGUUGUAGAACACAAUACCCAAGUGACAGAAUCCGAAUCUGAAAAUGAAGGUUCAGGGGGUGUGGAUAAGAAGCAAUUAGAGAAAAUAGAGAGGAAAGAAAUAGAGAAUGAGACUCUGGCCAAUGGAACAAUAGAUGGUCUAACGGGUAAUUAUUCAAGUGCCGUUGGACUAUCAGAGUUUUCCAAGAAAAAUGAUUCAAGUGUAAUUCUUGAAAAUAGUGAAACCACACCAAGUAAUGACCUAGCCAUAAAUGGAAAUUCUGUUCAGAAAAGAGAAUCAGAAGUUGGAGCUUCUCCUACAUUAGAGGAUGGGUCUUCCUCCAAUUCGACGGCGGGCGAGUCUAACAAUCACAUGAAACAGCAGGCUGAUGGCAAUCAAACUGAACUGCAAACAAAUUCAACAAAUGUACUGAACAAUGAGAUGGAACUGCAGACAAAUCCAAUGACUACGUCAGGCAAUACAAUGGAGCCACAGAUGAAUUCGACAGCUGUAUCUAAUGACCAAAUAGAAACUGAGACUAACAUGACGGUGAUCGAUACAGUAACUAAGGGCGUACCUUUGCAGAAUGAAUCUGCCACAUUGGAUUCAGUUCAAGAUCAAAAUGCUACAGUCAAGAUGGUUACUCCUAGUGAAAAGAAGUCCAACUUGGAGAAUAUAGUGAGGGAGCAAACUGAAAAUUCCAACACAGCUGUAAGACCAGAGGAGUCAGGAGGGAGCCAUACCACAUCUUCAGCUACCAAUGAGAAUGGAGAAACAAUUGCUGCAGAAUCAGGCAAUUCUUUCCAUAAUUUCACCGCGAAGGAUGAUGGAGAUGAACAUACAGAUCAGGCAACCUUACAGGGCAUCCAGAACAAAGCAAAGAGUGGUGGAGAAGAAGCUACAGAAUGAUAAUCCGUUUGGAAAGGUGGAACCAAUUCCUUGUUUUGAUGUAAGUGGUAGCGCCAAGUAACGGCCUGUCUUUUCUCUAUGUUUUGCUUCCACAAAUGAUCAAAGCAAUUGCUUGUGCUUUUCUCAGUUAACUGUUUGACUAACGCCAUGAUGAUUUCUAGAGCCUUAAUGAAAAUAUUUUUGGAUAGAUGUAGAAACAACAUCAGGCUUCUAUGCUUAUUUUCUCUGAACAUAUCUAUAUUUUGAGCAUGCAGUUGCUUACAGAAACCAAACCUCA